AUGACGUGAUUAGAAAACUAAAUGACACAGGCUCGUCAUUAACGACCUGUCGUUGAGGGCAAGAAAACGCGAGCCCAGAGCCGAUAUAUCACUUCCAUUGCAGAACUGCAAAAGACAGCAGCAAUGGCGACAGAGCUUGAAGAGUUAGUUGGCUUCCUCUCUUCUCCUUCUUUGCCAGUGCAGAAGGCAGCUGUCCUUAUCGUUAGGGACUUAACGGGGUCUGAAGAUGGUUUACUUUCUCUUUCCAACUAUUCUAAUAAUGUGCUUUCCUCAUUGGUUAGACUUUUAAGCCAAAACAAGGAGGUUUCUGAGCCUGCAGCAGAAGCCCUAGUGAAUCUGUCACAGAACUCGAAUUUAGCUGCAAAGAUGGUUGAGAUAGGAAUUGUUAAAAUGGCUAUGGAUCUAUUAUAUAAGCCAGAUUCUAGCAUUACUCGAUUGCUGGUAAUGCUCCUAGUAAAUCUUACUCAGCUAGAUGCUGGUAUUUCAUCAUUGCUUCAGGCUGACGAUGAGAAGAUGCAAGGACUGUUUGUUAUGAAGCUUGUCAGAUCAUUCUGUAGAUCCUCUGGUGAAACUAGAGAUGAUCCAUUUGACCAUGUUGGUUCCGUUCUUGUAAAUAUAUCACAGAAAGAAGCUGGUAGGAAAAUGUUACUGGACCCUAAGCGAGGGUUGCUAAAGCAGAUUCUUAGACAGUUUGACUCAACUAGUCCAGUGAGGAAGAAAGGGGUUUCUGGAACAAUCCGCAACUGCUGUUUUGAAGCUGAGAACCAGCUACAAGAUUUGCUUUUGGAAGCCGAGUUUCUUUGGCCUGCCUUACUUCUGCCUGUUGCGGGCAAAAAGAUAUAUAGUGAACAAGACACAUCCAAGAUGCCUCUUGAGCUCGGCAGUGCACUCUCGAUCGAGCGUGAACAGUGUGAUGACCCUGAAAUUCGUGUUCAAGCACUGGAGUCUAUUUACUUGAUCACAUUACAGGAGGCAGGUCUUAGAGCCUUUUGGUCUGUAAAUGGACCUUGUAUACUGCAAGUCGGAUACGAAGAUGAGCAAGAUCUAAAGGUUAUGGAAGCUUAUGAGCAAGUGGGCUCCUUGCUUGUUCAUGAAAGUGGGAACACAACGUCCUCAGCUUAAUAUCAUUCAUGGUCAGCGAACUUAUUAUUAAGAGUUUUAACAGCAAAAUCACUCAAUUUUGAUUUGUUUCAAUAAGAUCAUUAUUGCUAGAUUUUGAUAGAAGUGUAUCUAACUUUUUACAUGGUAACAAUAAAGCUGUUGUAAUAUAGCUCUACAAUAUACAUCAAAAUUUUGACUAAUUCUAUAUGAAAACAACCUAAUUGUAUUAAAAUUAA